CAGCCUUAAACAUGGUGGUUGUAAUAAGGUUUUAAGAGAACUAGCAAAACAUAAACUUAUAGCUUGGGAGCGAACCAAAAACAGGUGGUUGAGUCUGUUGGAAACCAGAUGGGUGUUGGCAAAGAAUCUGAUAUUUACAUUGUUGCAAAUGAAGAAGGGCAGCAAUUUGCAUUAAAGCUUCACAGACUGGGAAGAACCUCCUUUCGAAAUCUGAAAAACAAGCGUGAUUAUCAUAAACACAGGCAUAACAUGUCUUGGCUUUAUUUAUCUCGUCUCUCUGCCAUGAAAGAAUUUGCUUAUAUGAAGGCAUUGUAUGAAAGGAAAUUUCCAGUUCCAAAGCCAGUUGAUUAUAAUCGCCAUGCAGUGGUCAUGGAACUCAUAAAUGGCUAUCCUCUAUGUCAGAUACACCAUGUUGAAGAUCCUGCAUCAGUAUAUGAUGAAGCUAUGGAACUAAUUGUUAAACUUGCAAAUCAUGGGCUGAUUCAUGGAGAUUUCAAUGAAUUCAAUCUCAUUUUGGAUAAAGAUGACCACAUCACCAUGAUCGAUUUUCCACAGAUGGUUUCAACUUCUCAUACCAAUGCUGAAUGGUAUUUUGACAGAGAUGUUAAAUGCAUCAGAGAUUUCUUCAUGAAACGUUUCAGCUAUGAAAGUGAGCUUUUCCCAACAUUUAGUGAUAUCAGGAGGGAGGACUCUCUUGAUGUAGAGGUUUCUGCCAGUGGCUACACAAAGGAAAUGCAGGCAGAUGAUGAACUACUUCAUCCAGUAGGUCCAGAUGAUAAAAAUAUUGAAACAGAGGAGGAAUCUGAAUUCUCAUUUUGUGAUGAAGAGAUAUCAGAAAAAGCAAAGGACUGUAGAUCAGAUAAUGAAAGUGGACAAAACUCUGUAGGUGAAUCAGUUGACUGCUGUUACAGAUCAUCUGGAGACCGUGAACAAAUAAAGGAAGACAGUUUGUCAGAGAACAGUGCUGAUGCACAUAGUUUUGAAAUGACUGAAUUCAAUCAACCUUUAGAAGAAAUAAAAGGGCAGGUUGUUAAAAACAAUUCUGUAACUGAGUUUUCUGAGGAGAGUAGCAGAACUGAACAUGACACCAGGCAAGAUGAUAAGACAGGUCAAGGUGGAAUCCUCACGGGCUCUGAGGAGUAUGAAGAUGAGUGCCCUCAUAGGAUUGCCUUGUCAUCAGUAAACAAAGAAUUCAGGCCUUUCAGAGAUGAAGAAAAUAUGGAAGAUACUAAUCAACAUAGAACAAGAACUCUGAGUGUUACUUCUAGUGUGUUAAGCUGUUCAACAGUUCCUCCGGAAUUGGUGAAACAGAAGGUGAAGCGUCAGUUGACAAAACAGCAAAAAUCAGCUGUGAGACGACGAUUACAGAAAGGAGAAGCAAAUAUAUUUACAAAGCAACGGAGAGAAAGCAUGCAAAAUAUUAAAUCAAGUUUGGAAGCCGCUAGCUUUUGGGGAGAGUAAUAUAUUUAAGAACUUAAAUAUUUUUCAAAAAGUUACUAUGAUCCCUUUUUAAGCCACCUUUAGUAGUUUUUGGACCAAGGCAGAUAUAUAUAUAUAAAUAGAUAAGUAAACCCUCUUUCAUCAAUAAAUUUGACUCAUUCAGUACAUGUCUUCUAAAGAAUAACUAUAGUAAUUCUGCUAAAGCAACCCAGUUUUCCAAGUAAUUUUUUGUUAGGAAUAUUUGAGUAUUUUUUAAAAUCUAAAUAUCACUGUUUUUGCUGGGUUUUGUUCUCUACCACAAACAGGUAGAUUGCUUGGUUUCAUAUUCCAGGUUUUCCACUUACUAGUGGAAACAACCUUAGGCAAGUCUUAUUUCUCUCUCCCUCUUUCUCUCCUUCUCUGCCUCAGUUUUCUUAGUGUUAAAAUUGGGUUUAUAACUACUUUGUAGCCUUGUUUUGAGGAUUAUAUGAGACAAUGCACAGAAAACACUUAGAACAAUGCCUAGCACUUUAAAGUGUAGCUAUUGGAAUGGUAAUUAUAAUGAUGUUUAUCUUUCAGAAAAUCUGCUAAUGACUUGGUUGCAUUUUAUUUAGCCACAGGCAGAAUUCACUGCCAUAUAUUUUUUUCAGUCUCUAGUAUUACGGAUAAGCCAGCAAUGUCGCCUUUUAUUUUCUGCUACUUAAGUUGGUAGUGUGGUCAUGGGAACAGAAACUUGAGAUAGUCACACCAUGACUUUUACAGUUUCCAGUUUUUAUGCAGCCUGAACAGAAGUAGAAGACUUAAGGGUGGGGGGAAGUAGAAGGGAUGAGAAGUGAACAGUUCUUUCUGAUAUUCUUAACUGGGUGGGUCAAGAACAUAUUUCACGUCAAAGAUAACAAAUAUAGUUGACCCUUGAACAACGUGGGUUUGAACUGCGAGGGUCCACUAUACACGGAUUUUUUUUCAAUAAAUACAUACUACAGUACUGCAUGCUCUGAGGUUGGCUGAAUCUGUGGAUGUGGGAGGGCUGAUUGUAAAGUUAUAGGUGGAUUUUCAACUGGAUUGGGGGUCAUCGUCCCUAAUUAGGCCCCGCGUUCAGCUGUACUCACUUCACUGGGUGCAGGAAAAAAGAAAAUACGUAAGGCAUGGUUUCUCCCUCAAAGACUUUAUAAUCUAGUGAGAUGUGAAAGUGGGUUCUUAGGUACAUGUACCUGAUGAUAAUCCAGUCUCUUCAACAACAGCAUGGCCCGGAAGAGGGAUGUCACCUGCAGUGGAAAAUGGCCACUAGAUGGCAGUGUCACCCCACAGUCACCAGCCAGGAUGUCUUUGAAUUACUUGCAUCUGUAGUUAGCAUUGGCCAGGAGAUACAACAGCAGAUUCUUUUCCAAGAUUGACAAAGACAGCAGAUUCCCUUUAACCUUUGCAAAAUUAAUUCUGCUGUUCCUUCACAAGACCUAUCUAAUAAAUUCACUGUAAUAAUACAGAUGCAAGAAAAUGUCAAAUCUAAUUCCCUUGAAAAUUAUACUAAUUUUGAAAGUACAUAGCUUUGAAUUUUAGGUAUGUCUUUAAAUUCAGAUAUUCAUUUUUUAUAAUUACUUUAAAGCAUUUUAAUAACAAUGUUGAAGACAGCAUAAUAUAACCACAGAAUAUUUAUUUUGGAAUACAUUUUCUUAUAUUAAAAGUUUCAAAAGCAAUUUGGGAAACUAUAUGACUUCACCCUACUCAGCUUUGUUCAGUUGACUCAGUCCACUUUUUGGGUACCUAUUACAUAAAAAGCUUAACUACUAGUUGAGGAACUUAGAAGGCAAAUAAACAUAGUGCUUACCCUUAAUAGCCUAAGAUUUCCUGUGAGUUACAGAACAAAUUAGUCAAAUGUACAAACCUAAACAAAUUAUUCUGGGUC